AGGGUUGGAAAACAGCCCCUGUAUUCAAAUCUACCGCGGUGUUCUAUUGAUUGGUCCAACAAUUUUCUCUUUCUCUCGCACUAACAACAACAAAACAGUUGAUGUCGAGAUGGCGUCGGGUGUGCAUGUACUUUGACGUUUCAGAUAAACAAAACGCUGAUAAAUAUAAAAAAGUCGCGGCAAGGUUUAUGUUUCGGUGAAAAUUUAUUUAACAAAAUUAUUAAGUUAAUACUUAUAUAAAUCGAAAAAUAACAUCAAUCUGGGCUAGGACGUAGCGCGAGCUGCAGACACCGUUGUCCACGCUUUUGUUUGGGUGGUUGUCAAUGUAAGUCGAGGAGUACUCUUGCCGUUCGAUAUCAUCCACCAUUUCUUCCACCACGCAGCGCUAUCAGAAACAAGACUUUAUAAAAUAUGACUACACCGGUGUGAAGAAUCGCAUAAUCAUGACGGUCGCCAGCAGAAUAUGCAGGAAACUGUCCCCAAAGGGCUUCGCCAUUACAGCCAUAGGACUGACUAUACUCCUAUGUGUCUACUACACCAGCUACACUUCCGACGUCAGCGACAGGGGCAGUCAUUCACAGGAGACGAGGUCCAUGGUGGAGAAUGAAGUGGAUGGGGCGAAAUUUGGGCGUGCUUUUAAAGAUCAUACGGCGGACGCAUCGGCUCUGAAGAAGGAUUUGGAGAUGUGUCCGAGACUUGGGGCGGCGGAAGCGGAUAUCAGUACUGCGGACGUGUUUAAGGACUUUGAGUUUCAGCCUACGUGGAUGAAGAGUAAGGAGUAUUGGGACAAAACGUUUGAGGACCGCUACGAACGUCAAAAAAUGGACGCAGAAAGACCCCCUCUAAAGGUCAUCAUCGUGCCCCAUUCCCACAACGAUCCCGGCUGGCUGAAGACCUUCGAGAACUAUUUCCACUCUUCUUCGCGACAGAUCAUGAACAACAUGGUUGCUAAGCUGCAGCAGUACAAGAACCUGACAUUUAUUUGGUCGGAAAUAUCGUUCCUGAACGCCUGGUGGGAGGAGGCCCAUCCAAGCAAGCAAAGGGCGCUGAGGGACCUGGUGCAGUCGGGCAGGUUGGAGAUCACCACCGGAGGAUGGGUGAUGACUGACGAAGCUAACGUGCACCUCUACGCCAUGGUGGAUCAACUGAUUGAAGGUCAUCAAUGGAUAAAGACCAACCUCGGCAUAAAACCAACAUCCGGAUGGUCCGUGGACCCUUUCGGUCAUGGCAGCACAGUACCUUACCUUCUAGCAGCGUCUGGCUUAAAAGGUACUGUAAUCCAGAGGAUACACUAUGCCUGGAAGCAGUGGCUGGCCUUGAAGCAGUACGGAGAUUUCCAGUGGGUCCCCAGCUGGAGUCCGUCCGACCCAUAUGCCACGAUCCUUACCCACAACCAACCGUUCGACAUUUACUCCAUCAAGCACAGUUGUGGCCCACAUCCUUACAUCUGCUUGAACUUCGAUUUUAGGAAGGUUCAAGGUGAAUAUACCGAAUAUUCCCUGAAAGCGCAGACCAUAACUGAUAAGAAUAUCAAGGAAAAAUCGGAACUAUUGUUGGAGCAGUAUGCCAGGACUGGAUCUUUGUUCCCACAUAACACUGUUCUUAUGCCCCUAGGUGAUGACUUUAGGUAUAACGUAAAAGAAGAAUGGGACCAACAAUACACAAAUUAUAUCAAACUGAUUGAUUAUAUUAACGCUCAUAAGGACCUGUACAAAGCUGAAGUUGUCUUUGGAACUCCUUCUGUGUAUUUCCAGGAGAUAAUGAAACGGUAUAACCAAUAUCCAACCUUGAAAGGCGACUUCUUCGUUUAUUCCGACAUUUUUGCUGAGGGAAGGCCAGCAUAUUGGUCGGGAUAUUUCACUACUAGACCUUUUAUGAAAUUGUUAGAUAGGGAAUUAGAGAAUUCUCUACGUAGCGCUGAGAUUUUAUACACAGUAGCUUUAAAUAACGCCAAACAGAAUAAAUUGACGUCCUAUUCAAAAAUACUAGAAAGAGAUUUUGAGAAGCUUAUUACAGCUAGAAGGAAUCUAGGCCUAUUUCAACACCAUGAUGCCAUCACCGGCACCAGUAAGUCGUUUGUAAUGAGAGACUAUGGUCUCAAGUUAUUUGAGGGCAUUCGGGAUACCGUGAACAUACAACAAAAUGCCUUGCAAAGUCUAAUUUUCCCCAACAUUCCAAUUAAACCCGACCAGAACCUAGUUCUCAGUGAUAUUGAAAGAGAAUCUUAUGAAAAAUUGCCGCAUAAAACGCCUAUUCAAGUAGGACCUAUUGGAGCGAAUCAGACGAGGAAAAUUUUAGUGUACAAUUCACUGUCUCAUCCACAGGAACAUGUAGUACAACUUAGAGUAAAUACCAGCAACGUUAAAGUGACAGACAGCGAAGGGAACGACAUUGUUUACCAGAUUAAUCCGGUUUGGGAUAUGACCCAAACUACGAAGCUAUGGAUUGCAGCAGACGAGUUUGAAGUUUUGUUUAUCGCAAAACUGCCAGAGUUGUCGGUUACAAGCUUUCAGUUGGUGUAUACUACAGCAAACAGUGACAAAUUGGCAGUUAUUUACUGUAAAAAGUGCCAGAAGAAGACGACCAUUCUAAAUGGCCAGAAUGACGUGAAACCAGAUGUUUUAAAAUCAACAUUUAGCAUUAAAGAUAUACCGUCCGGUGAUAUCCAGUUGGAGAAUAAUAGACUCAAGUUACUCUUCAAUGGAAAUACUGGCUUUAUGAAAACUGUGACGAGAAAACACAAACCUAAAAUCAUGCAGUGUGGGAUACAGUUUGCAGCCUACCGAAGUGCACAGUUUCAUUCCGGUGCAUAUCUGUUUAUGCCCGAUCCUAACGAAAGAGACUAUGAAAAAGACGUGUUGCAGCAGUACAAAGACCAAAAGUCUAUUAUGAUAACCACUGGUCCGGUUUCCACAGAGCUUGCCGUUGUUUAUGGGCCUUUCCUAAUGCAUACCGUGACUAUUUAUCUUAUUGAGAACUCCACCUUAACGAAUGCGAUAUCUAUAGAAAACACGAUCGAUUUUGAAAAUCCCCCCAAAAAUAGAGAAACUGAAUUAUUCAUGAGAAUUAUUUCAGAUGUGCAAAAUGGCGAACCCCCAGAGUUUUAUUCGGACAUGAAUGGAUUUAACAUGCAGAAGAGGGUUAAGGUAGAGAGAAUUGGAUUAGAAGGCAAUUAUUUCCCCAUCACAUCAAUGGCUUACAUACAAGAUGGUAGUGUAAGGCUAAAUCUGUUAACCAACCACGCUCAAGGUGCAGCUAGCUGGCAACCUGGUUUCUUGGAGGUCAUGUUAGACAGAAGAACGUUGUAUGAUGACUCCCGUGGCAUGGGUGAGGGACUCGUCGAUAACCGUAAAACAGUCACCAAGUAUUGGUUGUUGAUUGAAGAUAUAUCGCAGGCUAAGACUGAGAACACGGCACAGCAGAAACGUUUUGAGAAUUCGGAUGACACUUUCGAAAAGGGAGAUGUAGUAAGGUCGUUCAACAUACCAACUGAGCCAGUGGAAUCUGUUAAGCAAGAAUCGUUUUCCCGUCCCUCUUUGUAUGCCAAUCAUUUGUCAAAUUUGUUGAAUUACCCCGCAGGCAUUUUCAUAGUAGAUCCUGAACAUCGGGAUAACGUUAAUAAAUCGUUUAAACUCGUGAACAAGCCAUUGCCUUGUGAUGUUCAUUUGCUAACACUCCGAACGCAGCCUGACACCGUUUACUCCCAGUUCCCUUCGUCCAGUGCUUUAAUGGUUUUACACCGACAGGGUUACGACUGUGCGGUGAACAGCAAUUAUACGUGUGAUGUACAUAAGUUUGAAAAAGACAUUAGUUUUGAAUUUAUUAACGUUAAGGACAUAGAUUUGAAAUCUUUGACUGGUGUAGAGACUUUAUACAACCUACAAAGUUUGAGUGACGUUUACAUUGAACCCAUGUCCUUAAAAACUCUUAAUGUAACGUUUGGAUAAUGUAUAGUCGAUGUGAUCUUUGUAGGCAAGAUUAUUUAUGUAUUUUAUUCCCUGUAGAUAAUUGUAAAUAGUAACAAUUUUAUUUAAAAAAAAAAAUUGUAAUUGUAUUUUAAGAGGUUUUCUUUUUAUCGCCUUCUUUAAAUGGACUUUUAGUGUAGCUGUUUAAUGUAAUUGGAAAACCAUGACUGAUAUAAUUUGUUGUUUUAAUUAAAUAUUUUUUGAGUCAACUUUGUAAAAAUAU